UAAAUGUCCUUUCCCCAAAUAGUAAUUUUAAUACAACGAUAUGGGAGGGGGAGAGUUGAACUUGGAACAUUGGGUAAAUGCUUUUAGUCAACUUAUCUACAAACUUCUUAUUCCCUGAAUGGAUGAUGGAGCCAUUAACUCUUGGAAGAGUGAUAGGAGAGGUUGUGGACAUCUUCACCCCAACUGUGAACCUGAAUGUAGUUUACAACCCAAACAGACAAGUUGCUAAUGGACAUGAGCUCAUGCCUUCUGUCAUUGCUGCUAAACCUCGCGUCGAGAUCGGAGGUGAAGAUAUGAGGAUUGCUUAUACCUUAAUAAUGACAGACCCAGAUUUUCCAAGCCCCAGCGAACCAUACCUGAGAGAACAUCUCCACUGGAUGGUCACAGACAUUCCUGGCACCACUGAUGUCUCAUUUGGAAAAGAGAUUGUCGAGUAUGAAAUUCCACGGCCGGUCGUAGGCAUUCACAGGUACGUAUUCCUGCUAUUCAAGCAGAGAGGAAGACAAACAGUGAGAGCUCCAGCUUCCAGAGACAAUUUCAAUACCAGGAUAUUCUCGCAGGAGAAUGGUCUCGGGCUGCCUGUGGCUGCCGUCUACUUCAAUGCGCAACGGGCAACUGCAGCUAGAAGAAGAUGAUGAUAAAUAGGUACUGGAUUAACAUCAAUAAAAUUUAAAAUAUCAUAAAAAGAUUGAAGUUUUGUAUCUCCUGCUGUGCUGGUCUUCCCUAAAGCGUGGAGAGAGAGAGAUUAUGCAACUAUGCAUAUGAUCGUACGUACUAGGGUUUGUUAUUAUGUACGUACGUUGGCAACCGUUUAUUUUGUUGUACCAGGUAUUUGGGACAGUGGUAGGUCCCAUCGGUCGCUUCUUUUAUUUUCUGUUGAUUG